AUGUCGGGGAUGAAUAGUGAUCAGCUGCAUCGCUCCACCUUGGAGAUUUACUCGAGCGUGAUGGAGGAGUUUAACCCAAGCCUUCAGAAACUGGUCUCACUGGGUAACAGCUACAUCCAAGCUUUCCAAGCUCUUGCAGCGACAAGCGAGGCCUACUUCAGCGCCCUCUCAAAGAUCGGGGAGAGGGCUUUCCACACCAAGUCCUCACACUCCAUCGGAGAUGUCCUCAUUCAGAUCUCUGAGAGUCAGAGAAAACUCACCUUGGAGCUUGAGGGAGUCUUCCGCUGGUUCAGACUGGAGGUUAUUCAGGAGUUGGAAAACAAUGUCAGACUGGACAGACAGUACAUAUCAGACAGCAGGAGGCAUUAUGAGAUGGAAGUCCACAACCAGGCAGCAGCUCUGGAGAGGCAGCUGAGGAGAGGCGUGAACCUGGAUUACAGCGAGCAUGUGGAGUUCCUCAGGAAGAGCCACAGCGAGGCUCUGAGGGAGGAGGAGAGACGCCACCGCUUCCUGGCUGAGAAACACUGUGGUCUGAUCCAAUCCAUCGCAAACCUCAUGAAUAAGACAGGAGGAUCUCUCCAGCAGAGAGCUGAUGCCUGGGAAGAUGAGCUGAACGCCACCAGGGGACCCGCGCCCAGACGUUUCACUUCUUUAGAUAACUCUGUGGGGGUGAGGGAGGAGGAGAUCAUCAGAAGGAGCAGAGAGGAGGUGACCCUCGGCCAGAUACCGUCAAGGGCCCCGUCUCCCCAGGGAAGCGUGUACCACUCUAGAACGGAGUCAGUGGGAGGUGGUGGUGGAGGAAGAUCCAUGAGGGCACUGGCGGACCACCAGCCUAGCGCCUCCAACCCAACCCUGCUGCCUUUCUCCAGGGGAGAGAUGAUCACUGUGCGGGUGCAGCAGCCCAAGAACGGCUGGCUGUACGGCCGCGCCGACGGUGGCUCACGUCAGGGAUGGUUUCCAGCCUCCUAUGUGGAACCAGUGGAUGAGCCUCUAUUUUCAACCAACAACUCUCGCAGGCCCUCUCUGCGAAGCAGCAGCAGCAUGAACAACCUGCUCGAAAGCGGAGGCGGAGGCUACAACGCACCCCUGCCCCCGCCACCUCCACCACCACCUCCAUCUUCAAAUAGACAGUCUGAGGUGCCAGCAGCCACAAUGACUCUUGACAGAAGGCCUGAGCUUAAGUCAGAAAACAAGAGAUCAAACCCGAAUAACUCACGACCAGAACUCUUCCCGAGGGGCACCAACCCGUUUGCCACAGUGAAGCUGAGGCCCACACACACCGACGACAGAUCGUCCCCACGUUUUAAUCGACAAUGA